AUGGAGGAAGCGUCGAGUGGAGCCGAGCCCCCGGGGAAAGAUUUCCUCCUCAGCCCAGCUCCCCCGCAGCUCGGCAAGGCCCGCUUCGGGCGCCCGCGAGGCGGAAGAGGCCUGCGCCUCGGGUCUGGCAGCGGCAGCGGGCGAGCAAGUCGGGCCCAGCGGGGUGAUAGGCCAGCGGUAGGCGCUUUCGGGAACCUACACAGCCUAGGCCGCUCAUUGUCUUUCCCCUCCACCCGCGGGGCAAACAGGAAGCGCGCAGCCGGGCUGAGCGACGGACGGGCGCCCGGGCCAAUGAGCACCGCCGACGGCGAGCGUGGCGGCGAAUGGACGCGGAGAAGAGGGGCGGGACUUCCGGGCGGGCUGUCACCCUCUUCCCCCCUUUUGGGCUGGAGGCUCCACCUUUUGUGUUUCCCGCACAGUCAAUCAAAAUAG